AUGUUGAAUUUUUAUAUAGACAGAGGUGGAACAUUUACUGAUGUUUUUUAUCAAUUCAAUGGAGAAUCAAAAGUUCAUAAAUUAUUAAGUCAAUCAUAUUAUAAAGAUGGAGUAUUUUAAGGAAUAAAAGAAAUAUAUGAGAAAUAUUCAUAGGAUGGUUAGAAUGUUUAAGUCAACCAAAUUGUAAUAGGUACAACAAUAAUUACAAAUGCAAUAUUGGAAAAACAGGGCCAUGAUUGUGCUUUACUUAUAACUGAGGGAUUCAGAGACUUAUUACAAAUAGGUUAAUAAACACGACCAUAAAUAUUUGAUUUGACAAUGAAAAAGCCAUCUGUGUUGUAUAAAGAAGUGAUUGAGAUAAAGGAAAGAAUAACUUAUGAAGGAUAGAUUGUGGAAUCAAUUGAUUUAGAAUAAGUUAGAAGUAAUUUAAUAAAGUUGAAACAAUAAAAGAUAAGUUCAAUUGCAAUUGUACUAUUGCAUUCUGUAAUCAAUGAUAUACAUGAGUAAUAAAUAAAAAAUAUAGCAAAAGAAAUUGGUUUUAAUUCGAUUUCAAUUUCAAGUGAGGUAAGUAAAGUGAUUAAAAUAGUACCUCGUGGUUAAACAACAGUUUUAAAUUCUUAUGUGAAUCCUUUGAUUUAAUUGUAUAUUUAGGAAUUAGAAUAAGAGAUAAGAUCAUUGUUAAUUAAUCAAAACCCUUAGAUAUUAUUCAUGUAGUCUGAUGGAGGCUUGACUGAAGCAUAAGAGUUUAUUGGCAGUAAGGCUGUAUUGAGUGGUCCAGCUGGUGGAGUUGUGGCAUUGAUGCAAUCAACAAAGAUAUUUAAAUAGUUGAAUAAGAAGGGAGUGGUAGGAUUAGAUAUGGGAGGAACUUCAACAGAUGUUUGUGUUUAUUAUGAUAAGUAAAACAUUAAAGAGGAAAGUAUUGUGGAUGGAAUUAUAGUAAAUACUCCUUGUUUUGAUAUUAAAACAGUUGCAGCAGGAGGGGGAAGUUUGUUAAAGUUUGAGAAUGGAAUGUUUAAAGUAGGUCCUACAAGUAGUGGAUCAUAUCCAGGCCCUAUUUGUUAUGAUAGGAAUGGAUUAUUAAGUUUGACUGAUGCAAAUUUGUAUUUAGGAAAUAUUGAUGUAGAUCAUUUACCAAAAAUAUUUGGAUUUGAUAAUAAAUCAGGAUUAAAUUAUGAGAAGGUUAAAUAGUAAUUUGAGAAAUUGAGUUAAGAAUUGUAAAUGAGUCCGAUUGAAAUAGCAGAGAGUUUUAUUAAAGUAGCUGAUGAGUAGAUGUGUCGACCUAUUAGAUAAAUAACUAAUGGAAGGGGAUAAUUGAGUUAAGAUCAUUUGUUAGUGAUUUAUGGAGGAGCAGGAGGAUAACAUUGUUGUUCAAUUGCAGAAUCACUAAUGAUUGAUUCUAUUUUCAUACACAAAUAUGCAAGUAUCUUUUCAGCUUAUGGAUUAAGUUUAGCAAGAUAAUAAAAAUAUUAAAAAAUUCCACUUAUUGAUAAGUUAAUCAAUUUUGAUUCUAUAAAUAAGGUGAUCUAAUCAUUUCAAUCUUAAUUAUAAUAAGAUAUUGAAUAAUUAAUAGAAUUACAUCUCAAAUAUGAAGGAAGUGAUUUUCUAUUAAAAAUAGAAUAUAAUACAGAUAUGAAUAUAAUUAAAUAGUAAUUUGAAAUGUAACAUCAUGAACUUUUUGGAUUUAAAUAAAAUAGAGAAAUAUUAAUUGAGUAUGUUUCUGUAACAAUAAAAUAUGGUUAAUAAAAAGAAGAGAAUGAUGAAUUACUUGAAAUACUUAAGAUUAUAGAUGGUAAUAAUAUGAAUAUUAAUGAAUUACAGAAAUAAAUCUAAUAUAAAGGACCCUUUCUAAUACAUACUGGAAAUACUACAAUUAAAAUAAAUAGUGGAUGGUAAGCAGAAUUAACUAAAAAUGAUAAUAUUAUUAUUAGAAAAAUUACAGAUUUAUAAUAAUAAAAUAUCAAUUAAUCCAAAUAUACAAAUAGUAGUUUAGAAUUAAGUAUUUUUGCUAAUAAAUUUAUGUCAAUAGCUGAAGAAAUGGGACUAUAAUUAUAAAAUACAGCUGUGAGUAUAAAUAUUAAAGAGAGAUUAGAUUUCUCUUGUGCAAUAUUUGAUAAAGAUGGAAAUUUAGUAGCAAAUGCUCCUCAUCUACCUGUUCAUCUAGGUAGUAUGAGUGAUGCAGUAAAAUGUUAAAUUAAUAAUUUUAAUCAAGGUGAUAUUAUAAUGAGUAAUCAUCCAGAAAUGGGUGGAUCUCAUCUUCCUGAUAUUACUAUCAUAACUCCUUAUUUCAAAGAUAAUUAAAAAUUGUUCUAUGUAGCAUCAAGAGGACAUCAUGCAGAUAUUGGAGGAAUAAGUCCUGGAAGUAUGCCAGCAUUUAGUAAAUAUUUAAAAGAUGAAGGAAUAGCAGUAAGAUCAUUCAAAAUUGUAGAAGAUGGUGUAUUUUAGGAAGAUAAACUUAUUGAAUUAUUAUAGGAGAGUAGAGAGAGACAAGAUAAUAUUUAGGAUCUAAAAGCUUAAAUAGCUGCAAAUAAUAAAGGAAUAUAGUUGAUAGAAUAAUUGAUAAAAUAGGAAGGAUAUGAUAAAGUGAAUCAGAAUAUGAAAAGAAUAUAAGAAAAUGGAGAAAAUUGUGUUAGAUAGAUGCUUUAUGAUAUAUCAAUAAAAAAUAAUUUGUAAGAAAUAGAUACUAUAGAGUCUGAAGAAUAUAUGGAUGAUGGAUCUAAAAUUAAUUUAAAACUUACAAUCAAUAGAAAUGAUAGAUCAGUAAUAUUUGAUUUUACUGGCACUUCUCAAUAAGUGUUGGGUAAUACUAAUUGUCCUAUUUCAGUUACUAAAAGUGCUAUAAUAUAUUGUUUAAGAUGUUUAGUUGAUAUGGAUAUUCCAUUAAAUUAAGGAUGUUUGAAUCCUACAUAAAUAAUCAUUCCUAAGAAUUCAUUACUUAGUCCUAAUAAUAUAUGUGCAAUUGUUGGAGGUAAUGUCUUGACUAGUCAAAGAAUAACAGAUCUUAUUUUAAAAUGCUUUUAUGCUACUGCUGCUUCUUAAGGUUGUAUGAAUAAUUUUUCAUUUGGAGGUUUUAAUUAAAGAUCAUAUUAUGAAACUAUAGGAGGAGGGAGUGGAGCAGGAGAUGGAUUUAAUGGAGAAUCUGGAGUCUAAGUUCAUAUGACUAAUACUAGAAUAACUGAUGUAGAGAUUAUAGAAAGGAAACAUCCAGUAAGAAUUUUAUCAUUCACACUUCGAUAAAAUAGUCAUGGUAAAGGAAGAUAUAAUGGUGGAGAUGGAAUUAUUAGAUCAUUCUUAUUCUUAACUAAAUUGAAUGUCUCAUUAUUGACAGAAAGAAGAGUUUUUUCUCCUUUUGGUUUAAAGGGAGGAAAAAAUGGUUAAAAAGGAAUUAAUAUUUACAAAACUCAAGGUCAAUCAUUUCUAUUAAGUGGAAAGGUUAAUUUAGAUGUUUAAUCAAAUGAUGAAAUUUGGAUAUAUACUCCUGGAGGAGGUGGAUAUGGAAGUAUAUGA